UUCAUCGACACUUUGGGCUUGUUUAAGAAUUAUAAAAUCCAGAAUAAUAAAAUUCCUUCACUUAGGGAGCAAUGGGAUUGCGCCAAGUUUGUCCUUCUUAGCCACUUCACUGUGGAACUUCCGCAGAUUUGGCUUUUCCACCCCAUGGCUCAGUUCUUCGGUCUGUCUACGUCGGUUCCUUUUCCCUCUGUUUGGAGCAUGAUGUACCAGAUCGCCAUUUUCUUUGUUCUUGAGGAUACAUGGCAUUAUUUCUCUCAUCGUGCCCUCCAUUGGGGCCCUUUGUACAAGGCUAUCCAUAAAAUCCACCACCAGUAUUCGGCACCCUUCGGUAUGGCCGCCGAAUAUGCGUCGCCUAUUGAGGUUAUGAUUCUUGGGUUUGGGACCGUUGGAUGCCCCAUUCUUUGGUGUGCAUUGACUGGCGACCUUCAUAUCUUUACGAUGUAUGUCUGGAUUGUCCUACGACUCUUCCAGGCGAUUGAUGCGCACAGCGGCUAUGAGUUCCCUUGGAGUCUCCAUCAUUUCUUACCUUUUUGGGCUGGAGCUGAUCACCAUGAUCUUCACCAUGAGAAAUUUGUCGGCAACUAUUCGAGUAGCUUCCGGUGGUGGGAUUAUCUUCUCGACACUGAAUACACACCUGAAGCUCUUAAGCGCCGAAGGGAGGGCAAGAUUACAAAAAAGGCUCAGUGAGCACUGCUGUCAUUAAACCAUGACAGCCUUUACCUGUCCUGCUUGGGACGCAUGCCAACUGCUUUAUGGUCCUUGUGUUAUAGGUACCAGUUUGAGAGGGAAUCAUCAUUUAACCCUCUUUUGAUAUUAUUAUUAUAAUAUGUGUGAUGACUGUGGUUGCUAGGUUCAUGAACUAACUUAUUUAACCUAGCAGUCAUCCGAUCUCAUUCAUUAUUUUUGGUGUUCUGAUUAUAAUUGAGUGUUCUAUUUUUAAUUGUCUUCUUUUAAUGUAUAUAUAUAUCAAUGAGUUAAUAUGAUAUAGAUAGGGAAUAAACAUAGGGUCCUAAUAUAGACA